UCCAAUGCAGAACACAUCGAGGAGAAGAUGGGUUGUUUUGAUUGCGUGUUUUUUAAACAUGUUUUUAUGUUCUGGUUUCCCGUACAACAUGUCGGUGUUGAAUACAGAAUUUCUACGAGCAUUUGGAAAAAGCAAAGCUGAGACAGCACUCGUACAGUCCGUUACAGCAGGGAUGCUACUAAAUGCAGGAUUUCCAUGUGGACAGUUUGUCAACAAAUUUGGAGUUCGAAAAAUGGGUAUAUGUGCUGGUUUCCUGGCUUCAAUUGGCCUGAUCCUUUCAUUCUUAGCAACAAGCAUUCCGUAUCUAAUUACCUCUGUUGGAGUUGUUACAGGAUUUGGACUUUCUCUUGGAUUUGUAUCCAUAACGACAUCUGUUGGUGAACAUUUUCAUGGAAAAGCAAGAUUUGUGGCCUUGUCGUUUGUGAGUUCCGGUUCCGGCUGUGGUGCAAUGGUAUUCCCUUUCCUGUUGGAUUAUUUAAUUAAGAUGUAUGGAUGGAGGGGGUGUCUUCUCAUUGUGGGAGGACUUAUGGCAAACAUGAUUUGCUUCACCGCUAUUUGUAAACCACCAUCACCUAGCAUACAACAAAAUUUCCCCAGAUUAUUGGUUAAUGAUGAUAUAAACUCCAGUCAACAAACGCCACACAAUCAACAAAUCGUAUGCAGUUAUGAAAACAAGACUUUUACUGUAAACAACACAAGCUAUGUUACGCCUAAUCAAGAACAUUCCUUUAUAGCCAAGUUAAAAGUAUUGACAGGAAACUACACUUUUAUUCUAUUUAUUGUUGCAGUGUGUUGUACACUUCCGGCAUACGAUGCUACUUUGAUUUAUUUGAUAGAAUUCCUGAAAACGAAAUCCUUUGCUGACAAAGACGCUUUGUUGUUAUAUUUCUUCAUGAAUGUAGGCAACACGACGGGUAGACUAGUUCCCGGACUGUGUAAGCACAUACCGCACAUGGGUGCUCUGAUCAUACCCGCGCUGUUUACUAGUCUCAGUUGUUUGUCAGUCGUCGGUCUCUUAGAGGCAUCUUCCUACUAUCAACACGUACUUCUUAUGUGCUGUUUCGGAGUGUCGAUGGGAGGAAAUGUGACGGUGUUGUCUAUGACCACCAUGAAACUUGUGGGACUCGCAAAUUAUUCCGUCGGUGUUGGGAUUCUGAUGACCCUUGUUGGUCUUUGUUGCAUGUGUUCUGGAGCCAUUUCAGGUGGGUUGUUCGACAUCACGGGAUCUUACAUGGCUUCGUUUUACGGCGUUGCAGCCUGUCAUGGCGUGGCUGUAUUUCUGUACAUCAUUGCCGCAUCCAUGCGUAAAUACAAGGCAGCAAACACAAAAGAGUAUCCAAGCAGUGCUAAUGGCGAGCUUCUAUAACAUCAAUCAUGAUUGUACAACUGUUGUGCUGGGAAUGGUCCCUCUCCGAUGUCCAGAAUGAGCUGCUCCAUCCCGUUCGGUAUCUUCUAGGAAUUGGAUGUCGAACUGAAUCGUAAUCGUGUAACACAAAUUUCAUCGAUAUAUUAAGUGGUUGCUGCAAACUGGACAUAGCUGCACAGGAUCAGCGCUUGGUUUACAGGUCAAAGGUUACACUAUGUAGUGUUUAUCAUUAUUCUCGACAUUAUAACUACUUGCUAUGGGUAUCCAACCAAAUGCAGCAUUUGUACGCGUGAUAACCAUAAAUCGUCAUGGAUAUACAUAUAUACCAGUGGAAACUAUCGUCAAACAUUUUUGCAUUUUUAUAAAUCUACAAAAAAGGUCUUGAAUCCCCUAUGAGAUAAAGUGUACUUCAUUUUCUACACAGAUUCAAGUCAUUUAAAAUUUACAUCACAAACGCUUCUCUUCUAAGCUAACCGGUAAUAAGUAUGUAUAAGAUUAUGCAUUUAGUGUAUAAAAUAUGCAAUCUGUGUUUUUAAAUAAAUAAAAAUCAUUGCUAGCCGGAAUGUUCAACGUAGGAUGUAGAUGCAGCAGCAUUGACAUGCAUGUCGCAAAACACAAACUGUAUACAGCUACGUCAUCAUGAAUUUAUCGACUGUUUUCUCAACAGUACAUAAGCAACUAACCUUAUUUAUUGUGUAUGUACAUGUAGCUUGCUACUUAAAGAAAAAAAUAUUCGAUAAGCUCUGGUGUUUUCAAUUGUAAACCAAAAACUGAAACUUCUGUGUCGUUUGGUCAAAAUUUGGCCAAAAUAUAUAGAUAUCGUCCGAUUCUAAUGGUAAUUGAUAUGUAAGUAUGCUUUCACAUAAAAAACUAAAUGUUGACAUUUGUUUUCUAAUUAGACAAGAUGGCCGCCACAUAACGACUUCUGUCUGAUUUUUGGAAGUUUAGAUGUCAGAACUCAAAACAAAUGGUGUAUAGGUAUUGUCUGAUAUCAGGAACAAAGUUAUUAAAUCUACUUGCUGAUUUUACAAGAUGGCCGCCGAAAGGAGACUCUGAUCUGAUUGGUUGAAAUUGACAUAUUGUCCGAUUUUGGUACAUAGCUUUUGUCAGACACAACAAACACACCGAUGAUGUUCUUUGUCUUUUUGGACAAAAUGCUUGCCAUACCGAUAUAAUGAAGGUGGCGAAAUUUAAAUAUUGUUCUUUAUUUUUUGACACUACGUACAUCAAUUACGACUGGGUAAUGUAUUGGGACAUAUGUAACGAGUCCCGUACAGUUAGUACUCGUUGAACGAUUGAGAGUAUGCAGGUUGCACGUGUUCCACAUUGAUGUACGACUUAAAUGUCAAGUUUAGUACAAGUGUGCUACAUCCGUUAUAUAGACGACCCUCGUCCAAGUUCAAGCUUAUUUCGGGGAUUGAAGGAGAUUUUAAAAUAUGUCCGAAACUUUGUUAGAAUCUUCGUUUGCUAUCAGCGGAACAUUUAUCCACUCAACGAUAACCUCGCCUCUGGUGAUUUUAAGUGAUCAUUGCAUCGGAGUGAUAUCGGGAAAGAUAGUUUUUAUACAGAAGAAUGACAACAAAAUAAAUGACGUAUUGGAGAAAUAUAACAUUGACGUGGGUAACAUAAUAUGCCUAAAAGGAUUACAGUUCGUGAUCCCUGGAUUCGUCGAUACUCACAUCCACGCACCUCAGUACUCAAACUGUGGCAAAUGUCUGGAUGAAGACAUGCUGUCAUGGCUUCACAAAUACACAUUUCCCACUGAAGCAAAAUUCGCCGAUCUUGAUUUUGCCACGAAACAAUACUGGAAGGUCGUGUCUCGAGUGGUUAAAAAUGGAACAACCACUGCUAGUUACUUUGGAACGAUUCACACAAACUCUACGUUGAAACUCUGUGACGUCAUACAAAGUAUUGGACAGAGAGGCAUUGUCGGCAAAGUCAACAUGAACCGGAACUCACCUGACUAUUAUAAAGAAAACACUACAAUAUCUGUCCAGGAAACCAAGCGAUACGUACAAGAGGUUGUCAUGAGAAAGUAUACACUCAUCAGACCAUGUAUCACCCCGAGAUAUGCUGGAAACUGCUGUAUGGGUUUAAUGAAGCAACUCGGACAAAUUGCCCGAAGUAAUGAAAUUCACGUACAGACCCACAUAGCUGAGACGACAGAGGAGUGCGACAUGGUCAGGAAGCAUUUCCCAGAAAAUGAGUCCUAUCUAGAUAUUUACAACGAGGCUGGUUUGCUUACUCGGAAGACAGUUCUCGCGCAUGGGAUAUAUCUGACGCCAGAAGAUCGCAAACUAAUCAGGGAGCGGAACUGUGGCAUAUCACACUGUCCAAAUUCCAACAUAUCAAUACGCAGCGGUAUGCUUGAUGUGAGGGCAUGUCUCGAUGACAAUAUAAGUGUUGGUUUGGGCACUGACAUUUCUGGAGGUUACAGUCCAUCAAUAUUGGAUGCAAUGAGGACGGCCAUUUUUACCUCAAACACGAUCGCUUUGCAUAAGGGUCCUAACUAUAAGCCGCUUGAUUAUCAGGACGUUUUUCGACUUGCAACUUUAGGAGGUGCCAAAGUUUUAGAUAUGGAAGAUCACAUAGGUAACUUUGAGGUCGGGAAGGCGUUUGACGCCCUACUUGUUGAUCCAUGUGUUGACGGAGGACCAAUCGAUGUUUUUAGAGAGGACACCAUGGAAGACAUCAUUCAGAAAUUUAUAUUUCUCGGUGAUGACCGAAACAUCCUGAGCGUGUUCGUUGCCGGAAACGACAUCUUAGAAAAUUUUGUUAGGCAAAUCAGCUCACCAAAUGAUGGAAUAUGACUUUUUUUUUUUUUAACUUGAUACUGAACUUUUAUGGUUUGUGACUGUACGAAUCGGUUGUACAACACGGAUGGAAUGUAGCAGUCUGAUAACCAAGGUUGUUUUAGUCCUACGAGCACAUAUAAGCGAUCUUGUACAUAUAUCCGUAUCAGCAUGAAAAAAUAUGACUUGUCGGAGUUGUCAAACUGCAAAUGACCUUUAUAACCUAUCUUGAUGGUUACCAUGACAAUUUCAUUUACGGCGCUAUUUUGCGGUCAUAUGGUGACAGCGACAAUCCUGAUUGGUCUAAGAAUCGCCGAAAUAAGUGAUAAGAACAGAGGCUGAACCUGAAACUGGGAGCUAUGUACCAAAAUCGCAAUGUUAAAUGGUGAAAAUAGAUUACAGUGUUCAGAGUGGUAUUCAGGUUACUCUCCUUGGUAAAUUUUAAUCCAUCUCUAACCACUCCAUUAAAAUAGUAAGAUCAAAACAACAGUCGUGCAACUGUUAUUACGAUCAUGAGACUGGUUACACGUCAGUUGCUGAAUGUUAAAUGUACCUUAAAUUACAAUACAGAUUGUUGAUCAAAAAUAUGUGGUGGCAAGAAAGGAUUGAUUUGAAAUAAAACGUUGGAAACUGCAAAGCUUGACUAACAUGAA